AUGUCUGUGACAAAGACUUCUGCAAUAAGUGCUAUAUUCCUUUGUAAUUUUUCUUUCACAGAGCUGCGUAAGCAGAAGUUGAUGGAAUACUUGUCAGGAAAAGGAAAACUGAAACAGCCAAACCCUAAGCCAUACCUUCGCAAUGACUACCAGGUUAAAAAGCCUGUCACAUCGACACUAAAGGCGGUUAUGGGAAAAGAGAACAAGGCUCCAGCUGGCACAUUCAGACAGGAAGUUAGGAAAAUUCCGACUGUGGCUGCUCAGUCCACAAAACAACCUGCCAGAAGAGCAUCUGGUGUCACAAACACAGUGAAUGUAAAAGCCAACAUCCUGACCAGACGGCAGAAUACCAAUCAUUCAUCUGAAACCCAGAACCCAUUAAAGCCAAAACCUAAUCAUAACCCUGUGCUGACAAGAACCUACACCGUUGUGUCACUCAAAUCCAACCUGAAUGCAGCCAUCCAUCUUAAAAAGCAGCCAAAUACAGGAAUUCCAUCUUCAGGCAGAGUCUCUGUGAAUGCAGCCCGUACAGUUGUAACAAACGCAAACAGCAGAGUCAGUGGGAGCUCAAAUGCUAACUGGUCAUGUCCAAUGAAGACAGCUAAUCGGGUGAGCGUAGGCCCCAUGGUCACAACAACAACAGGACUCAUUCCUGCAGUGACGCAGCCAAGAAACAAUCAAAGACAAAACUUAACACACACCUCUACCACAGCAGCUGAAACAACCACCGCAACCUUGACUGUAGCUAACAGGGUGCGAUCCAGUGCCUCGUCAUCAGCUUCUGUUUCCCAGCAGUCUGCCAUGGUUCCGAGGAAAACAUUACCAUCCACAACCCUAAACAACCCUGUUAAUGAGAGAUGUACUGCUGGGAAUAAAGUUCAGCAUCGGACCAAACCAAACUCUAAACCACUUCUGGGUAAACAAUCUCAGCCAGCUUGCAGGAGCCAACUAUCAAGUGGAAUGAAAUCAACAUCCACAUCCUCCAAGUGCACAGCAGCACCUGUGAAGUCAGGGGGGAGAGUUGGGUUGUCAAAAAUUAAUAAAUCAGCUGGUCAACCCACAGACAGGUCCACAAAGCAGACUGAAGUGCAUAAAAACGGCCAGUUAUGCAAAGUCGGCUCCCAAACAUCCUCAGGACCAGCAAGCAGGUGCAGUUCCAGAGCAGUCAGCGGGGUUACGCGAGGUGCUGUGGCUGAGCUUGAAAGGAAAACCAAGACAUGUAAAGAGACAGAUGGCAAGAAGGGACACAGUUCAGCAAAUGUCCCUCCACCAAAAAGAAUAGGCGCUUCAGUGAUGUCCCACACAGUGCCACAGCCGCCACGGACCAUCAGCAUUACUUGUCAGGGCACAGACAUGAAGACGCCAAAGCUCCCUGUCAGGAAUCUUCCCCAGACUGAGGGAAAGAAACUGACUGCUGCCCAGGAGGAGAGAAUGAGAAAACUACAGGAAUGGCGGGAAGCCAAGGGAAUUUCCUACAAGCGCCCCCCAAUGCCGGUGAAACCUCAGGUCAGGCGCACUAUAGCUGUGCCCCAGCCUUUCUGGGGAGCCAUGAAUGAGGAAGAUGAGGCUCACUCCCUCAUCUGUGCCGUGGACAGAUCCCUGGCUGAUUGUAUCAAAUUGCUUGGAGAGGGUUUCCCUCCAGACCAGGUGAAGGAGGUUCUCACACGACUGCCGGCAGUGUCCCAGAAGUUUGCCAAAUACUGGAUCUGUCAGGUCCGCCUGAUGGAACAAGAGGGCAACCUUGAUGUCCUGCCCAUGUUUGAAGAGGCUGUUGGUGUUGUGUUGGAGCCAGUGGACGAGCUGCGGACUGUGGUGUUUGAGAUUCUGAAGAAAAAGGACGAGAUCAAAGCAUCUACAGAAAAUGAGAGAGAGGAGGACCACAGUCAAACAGUUGACAGCACUCCUGAGAGCAUCAACAACCCAAUGAUGACUCCUAAACCUGUCAGAGCCCUCAUCUGUGGAGAGAGAGGAGACUCAUCUGUAGUCAAGUACAAGAUCACAGCAACUCCUGGCGGCCCUUCAAGCCAACAGAAAGAAACUGCACGAGUUAACGGCCAAGAGGUUCGCUUUUUCACUCCAGUUAGACGCUCAGUGCGAAUCGAGAGAUCCUCAAUGCGAUACCCCACGUCCCUCCAGGACCAUGAUCUCUGCGUGACCUCCUACAAUGACCUGAUCUCCGAGGAGGAUAACAAGAAAAGUGAAGAGCAGGCGGCCAGGGAAACCAGCCCGUCUGUUAACAACACGCCGAUGUACGUCUACAGACAGAAUGAAGCCCUUAAAGACAAAGUGUUCGUCCAGCUUGUCUACGAUGAAGGCGUUUAGUUGCACAUGCUUCAUCUACACCAGUUUGCAGCUGAGAAAAAAAUCAGAUUCACAAAAUGAAAAAGUAUGUGCAUACUUUGGUUUUGGCUUGUUUCACCCUUUUCCUAAAAAGAUGGCGAGUUUUAUCCUUGUAAAGGUAGAACGUGACAUUUUUGGCAAUGUCCUGUUUUUAUGUAAUAAGGUAUUUCUUGCACUUGUUUAUGAAGACGUUAUUGGGUUUAUCCCAACAAAUAAUGUGGUGUACAUAGUUAUGUAAAAUAAAUGGCUGUUUUUUUUUUUUAAACCCAAUGUUUUUAUCUUAUGCUUUUGUCGUCUUUAUGUUCCAUGUGGACCCCUCCAUCAUACAGACGCCUGCACUUUUAGAA